AUGUUUGAAGACUUCUCCUUCACAUCGCCCUCGUCGCGACCCGGUCGUCUCGCCCUCGACGCCGACGACCGACUAAUGGUCGACAGCGACAGCAACCUAAUCUCCCCACUCUCCUCACGCUGUCCAUCACCGCAAUCGCAACGCUUCCGCAACAUCUCCCGCUCACGCUCCCACUUUCACCGAAGCCAACAACCUCCAACAUCCGUCCCUUUCCCCUAUGACUCAGACUCCAAACGACUAUCCAUCUCAACCCUAACCCAAAAACUACACGAACACACCCUGUCCACCCCAAGCGAUCCCCAACACACCCACACCCAUCGAGACGGCAUAUACACAUCAGGAAGACACACUCCCGGGCGUCGGCACCUAGGCCACGGCUACGUCCUCACGCCCCCAGAUACAGACCACUCCGACGACUCCUGCGUCGGCGACUAUCUCUCCUCACCCUCGGUCUCGUCAACAACAAGCCCGACCUUCAAUCCCCCCGAAGACCUACUCUCUGACCUACCCGAUUUCGGCCUCGGACACCCGUUCUACCCAGAGCCGCAGCCGCAUGCAUACCACCAAGACGUGCGCAUGCAGCGGCAGCAGAUCUCCAGGCUGCAAUGUAACGAGACCGAGAUGAGCCGUCUCCUGUCUCCACUUCGUUGCCGCCGCGGUCGUCGCCAAGGAGGAGGGGCGGUUACGCUUGCGCGCAGUCGGUUUGGGCCGGAGGGAGGUGUUGAGUGGAGACGGAGGAAGAGUUCUUCUGGGGCUGUUUUGGCGAGUCGGGUUGAGAAGAGUCAUUAUGCUUUUGCGGGGAAGAGGAAUGAGCCGGGGCUUAGGAGGAAGAGUCUUGUCAGUGCGGCUUUGGCUUCGAUGGUUGAGAACGAUGAUGACUGA